AUGACUACUACUGUUCCAGUGCCAACUAGUUUUCGUGAAUUCUAUCCUAUUAUUAAUGAUAACAAGAAGCUUCCUAUGUUUGUGCGUGAACAAAAACUUGUAUUAGAAAGUGAAGAUCAUCAACGUCCGAAAUGUGGAUCGGAAAUGAGAGACGGUAAACGUCAAAAGACUUUAAAGGAUGGUACAGUGUCAACAUAUGAAAUAAUGCGAUGUAAAAAUAAGCAAUGUGCAAAUCAGUUAAGUAAAACUACUAUUCCACGUAAAACAAAUCAAACAAAUGGCUCAUAUGUAGAUGAAUUAUCACAAAAUAACAUCGAAUUUGAUUCCAGUAAUCGUCGCUUAUCAAUAAAAACGUCAUUAGGAAAAAAUAUAUCACAGCACGACGGUAUCUAUCGUAAUGCUCGUUUAAUUCAUACACUUAGUUCAGCUUUUGUGGGUCAAGCAGUGAUAGUACAAACAACAGAUUCUCGUAUACAUGGUGUAUUAGAAACAAUUUCACCUAAUUUAGAUUUGGUUAUAUGCGCAAGUCAUAGUUUAGAUGACAAUAACAACGAUUUAACAACGCUGAUGCCUAUUGAUACUUUAUCUGAUACAACGAAAGUUUAUUUUAAAGAAAAAUCGAUUAUUGAAUGUUCAAAAAUUGUUGAAAUGAUUGCUGUUGAUGUUGAUAUGAAUUCUAUUACGAAACCUGGAAAUAUUGAUGAAAAUUCAAAACAAAUACAAUCGGAACAACGAAAUAAUAAUACUGAAACAUUGCGUGAAUUAGAAAAAUGGGAUGGUGGUGAUCAAUCGGAAGACAUUAGUCUAGAACUUGAAGAUAGUGGAGGUUGGCCAGCCGCCGAGAUGUUUUCCAAAAAUCAGGAUGCGUUUCGUAUAAAUUCAGAUUACACUCCGAGUUUGUUAAACACAGUAUAUGAUAAUGUACCUGUACCGUCCGUUAUAUCAGACGAAGUUGAAAAAAAGGCGCAAGAAAUUGAAAGUGACGUUAAUCAUAUAAAAAAUCGAGAAUUGGAAAAUGAAGAUUUUGCAGGUGUUAAAAGACCAGAAGACAAAACUGCCAAUGACGAUGAACGAAAUAAACAACGCUCAGGAACACCGAAAUAUGGUGGUGGAGUUACGGGUACGAAUAACAACAAUAGAAAUCCGUACAAUAACAGUAAUAAUUCAAGACAAGAUCAGAAUGAUAUGUCAGCGACAUUACGUGGUGGUGGUGGAAAUAAUCGCGGUGGCCGUGAUGGAAUGAAUAAUCCGUCAAGACAAGACGCACGAGUAGCCCCUGGCGAUCAAAGAGGAUUUGGUCGAAAUCCAAGAGGUGGCAAUAGUUAUUUUUCAAAAGAUUCACAAUCAAAUCAAGUUCGAAAUAACAGACCAAAUCAGCGAGGCGGUGGGGGUAAUAUACCUAGUCAAGUUUUCAUAAGUAAAAAUCCACAACAUCAAGGUGGACAAGAAGGUCGUGGCAAAUUUGGUAGUCGUCGACACAAUCAACCGCGUUCAUUUAAUAAUCUAUCAGAUUCUUCGUCACCAAUGGGUCGUAUGUCACCAUCUCAUUCUUAUCAUGAAGGAGAUCACCCUCGUACUCAGCGUGCCGGUAGUUUUAAUCAACAACGACAACCAUCGGGUCCACCAAGUCCAUCCACAUCGACCUCUCGUUCAAUAAGUGGGGCACAGGGGCGAAAUUCACCAGCACCAAUGGCCACCGCUGCACAGAAUUCAAAUCGAAAUUCGAUCAGUAGUUCCCCACCGACUCAGAAUCAACCUCAGCAUCCUUCUUCAUACUCCAGCGUCACAUCGCAACAGUACGGACAACAACAACAACAACAACAGUCAUCAAAUACCGGAUCAUCUGCAUUUUCACAUGUCGCUGGAUCAUCAUCAACAAACUAUCCACAACAACAACAACAGCAAACAUCAUUUUCGAAAACACAAAAAAAACCUCAACGCGAUCCAGUUCAGCAACAAACUACGUCACAUCAUUCAAGCAGUGAAGAAACAGAACCUACAAUACCCACAACCAUAAUAACACACACUACACCAUCCGCAAAUCGUCAACAACAUCAACAAAUUCCACCAUCUCAAUCCUCUACAAACGUAGGAUCACCAUCUACACCGCGUACAUCAAUUGUACAACAACAUCACGUACAACCACCUGAAUAUGCUCCACCAAUUUCUGUUCAUUCAUCACAUUCGCCACCUAUUCCGGUUCCAUUACCAUCGCAUGAUCCACAAGACAUGAUUGAAAAUAUUCACCAUAAUGAUUCAUCUUCAAUUGUUCGUAGUUUAUCCGAUUCAAGUGGUAAUAUUUUACAAAUAACACCGGGAGCAGCAUAUAACGUUCAACAAUUAUCAAAUAUACAGCAGAACAGUGGACAAUCGACACCUGGUAACAAAAACUCAGCAUUGAAUCCAUUAGCAAGUGAAUUUGUUCCAUUUACUGUUAAUCGUUCAAUGAAUGACAAUUCUCGUCCAGAAUCACGUGGAUCAUCGGCGCCUCCGCCUAUCGCUCCACAAAGUAUUCAAAUUAUUUCACAACCGCCUAUUUUACCACAAAGUCAACAAAUUUAUCCUACACAAUACUUUGUCCAACCAUAUCAAAUUCCCCCUCAACAACAACAACAACAACAACAAACUCCACAAACAAUACAAAUGGUUAAUACGACAGGUAAUGGUGGUAACGGUAUGACAACACCAAAUAGUGCAUCGUAUAAAACAAAUCAUCAUCCUGGUGCUAAUUCAGUGCCACCGAAAAAGGCUAUCGUUUCUGUCCAAAACGGUCCGGAACAAAAUACAGCAAAUAAUGUAGGAGCGGCUACAGGACCAGCAAUGAUGAUGCCACACAUUUAUUGGAAAUCGGCGGAUAUUGUACAAGCCCAACAACAACCCCAGCAAAUGAUACCGCAACAGAUCUAUUAUCAACCAUUACCGAAUCAAGGGAAUUUGGUGUCAACUGGUGUUCCACCUUCCCAAAUUUCUCAGACUGUACAAAUGCAACAGGCUCAACAUUCAAAUACAUCAUCUGGCACAGCCACACCUGCUCCACCAAUUAAUUACGGGAAUGGACAGGCACCAUUUUAUUUUCCCUACGUUCUCACGCCUCAAGUUCCAAAUAAUCUAUCAUCACAGUCACCACAGCAGGCACAGCAGUAUGUAUUUUACAAAAAUCCUCAAGUUCAAGUACAAUCGACAAAUACUAACCAACAACUUCAAGCAGCCACUCUUGUUUAUCCAACACAAUCGACUUUAGCUUAUCCACAAUAUUUACCUCAACAAGCGCAUCAAGCGAUCCCACAAACAUCAAAUCAAUGGCAAACGCAGCCUCAAAUUUCAUCGCAACAGCAACAAAUACAACAUCCCGCUCCUCAAAUUACACAACAACAAUGGGGACAAAUGGGGACUGCAAUUGAUCUACAAUUAUAUCAGCAAUAUUAUCAACAACAACAUCAGCCACACCAUCAAUAUCAACAACAGCAACCUCAACAGCAACCAACUCUCACACCACAACAAGCAGCGUUCAACGCAAGUAUCAGUGCCACCUAUGCACAACAACAAUGCCGUCCAGCUACAUCGUAG